GAGUCCUAAACACUGGACCGCCAGGGAAGUCCCCAGCAAUUCUUGAAUGAGAUCCAGUUUGUCCAUUUCUUAUAAAUAAGUCUGUUAACUUAGUAUACUUUAGGGCCUCCUGCUACCUUAGUUGACGCAUAUUCAAGAAAAAUAAUUUGUUUCAAUAGUAGCGUAAACAUCAUUAGAAAGAAAUUUACUGGAGACAUGAAUGCAAUCUAAUAUGAUUUUUUAAUUAUUUCUGCCAUUAAUUCCUACCAUUAGUGUGAAUAAUUGAGUUGGUUUUAUAGUGAAGUAGCUUGUGAGUCAUACUUGAGGGUUUUAAAGAGGGACUGUGAAGUUUUUUCUGGCUUACAUUCAAUUAUGUUUUCAUUAUAGAGUUGCUAUUACAUGAAGAGGAGCCAGUGAACACUUUUCUUAUUUCCUGCUAUUUUAAAAAUAAUUUGAUUACUGAUUUGUAUUUCUAGCAUUGGUUUUUGAACUUUGUGCUCUCAUUCUUUCUAGUGCAUUUAAAAAUCACCAUUUAAGAUGACAGCUGAUUAAAAUUGGCCUUUAUUAAGGUCUUUCAGUCUUCUCAAGGAGGAAGGCCACGUUUUGGCUCUAGUUGCUUGUCAUUUUAAGGAUGUCUUCAAAAUGUACAGUGGCUAAAGUUAUCCUGCAGGCAGUAAUUUUGAGUUUAAAAUGGCUGUAUUUAAGUUUGGGGGAGAAUAAUGGAAAAACAGAAAACAAAUCACCUUUGAGUGAUGGAACCUUUAAGCUUACAAUAGAAUUCACUGAAGAAUAUCCGAAUAAGCCACCUACGGUUAGAUUUGUCUCUAAGAUGUUUCAUCCAAAUGUCUAUGCAGAUGGUAGUAUAUGUCUGGACAUACUUCAGAACCGUUGGAGUCCAACAUAUGAUGUGUCUUCCAUUUUAACAUCCAUACAGUCUCUUUUGGAUGAACCCAAUCCCAAUAGUCCAGCAAACAGCCAGGCUGCUCAGCUGUACCAGGAGAACAAGCGGGAGUAUGAAAAACGUGUUUCUGCGAUAGUAGAACAGAGCUGGCGUGACUGUUGACCCGGGUGCAGGAAAAGAAGCAGCUGGUCAUAAGAAAAAUAUAUAUUGAUGUGUUUGUCACCUUCCUAUUCAUCAGUGUCAUUACAUUUACUUUAUUAAAAGCAAAAUAGCUGUUGUGCUGUUUCCAUCUUCCCUUGCCAGGCUUUUCCUACCCCUUCUACCCUCUCCUUAAACAUCAGAAAACACCCUCUAUGAGAUCAAAUGUACUGUACCUGGGUUACGUGCAAAAAGUCACUAAUGCUUAAUUAAUUCCUUUUCUGUUGUAUCUCAUUUCCAGUUUUAUGGCAGUAUUGUGUUACUGUACUUUACACUAAGCUUUUAAAAUGAAUGAAUUUACAAGUGGUGCUUAUGCAUAGCUUGAUGACCAGAAAGUUAUUUUUAACAGAAUGAUUAUUGAAGAGUUUCACCCUGGCUGGUCCUUCACUUUUGUUGGAUUUAGAAGUGAAUUUUUGGAAUAUGGCCUAUAGAAGACAGGGAAACAAAUCCACAUAAACACUCAUUUUGAAAGAGCAAUGGAAGCUAAAAAGGCUAUGAUACUAAUAUCAAACUAACAUGAGUUGUGUUUUGUACUGGUAGGAAGGAGAAUGUUAAAGGGCUCAGCCAAAGGAGUGCAGCAUAGUAACUGACACUUCCUCUCCUUGCAAGGUGUUCAAUGGACACACCCAAGCUAAGAUUCAGAAUACUGAAGUCUUCUGGAUUUUCACUUUUUAAAGAGGUGUGGGAGCAGAGGAAUGGAAACAAUCAUUAGUUUUUAAGCUAGGGAAGGUUGGAGAUCCUUUAAUCCUUUUAAAGGAGCAGUGCUACCCUAGAUGAACAAAUUUAUAAUCAUUGUUUUUUUUAGAGUUUUAAUUAACCCAAGGAAGGGAACGUGUCUGUGGUAAACUAUUUUCCACUCAAAUCCUCUGUUAAUGCUGCAUGCUUUAGUUUCUUCCUCCCUUUCAGUAUUAUAAGAACCUUAAAGUCAAUGUCUGUAAUCUUUCUUUGGAUAUUUAUACUUUCAGAUUGACAGUACCUUUAAGUAGCAGUGUGGGACAAAGCUUGUUUUGUCUGAUGUUCCAUUGUCACCUUUUGUGCAUUUAUCACUCUUCUGAAUUUAACUUUGCACAAGUAACCCAUGUAAAAAAUGUACAUUUUUCAAAACUUGUAAAUAAAAAUAACCUUAAAA